AUGGCUCUGGGGUGGUUCUACUCCCCCAGUCAGAUCGGCCGGUAUAUUAUCACUCGAGUGACCAGUCUGAAGCCUCCUCGGCAUAAAAUCCGGAACCCUGUCGCCGUCCUCCGGGACCUAACGUCCCAUCAAUGGCUGAUGUUCCUUGCCGGUUUUCUGGGCUGGACAUGGGAUGCCUUUGACUUUUUCACCGUGUCCAUGACGGUGACGGAGAUUGCGGCUGACUUUAACGAGUCGGUCACUAGUAUCACCUGGGGCAUCACCAUCACACUCAUGCUUCGAUCUGUCGGGGCCCUGAUUUCAGGCGUCUUCGCGGACCAGUAUGGUCGCAAGUGGCCCAUGAUUGUGUGCCUCGGGCUGUUCAUUGUGCUGGAACUGGCCUCGGGGUUUUGCAAUACUCUAUCCCAGUUCCUAGGAGUUCGCGCGUUGUACGGCAUUGCCAUGGGAGGUCUCUUUGGCCCGGCGGCCGCCACGGCCCUUGAAGACCUUCCACACGACGCCCGUGGAAUUCUAUCCGGCUGUUUUGAGAUGGGCUACGCCGUCGGCUACCUCCUGGCCGCAGCCUUCUAUCGCGCUCUCGUACCCACCACCUCCCACGGCUGGCGCAGCUUGUUCUGGUUCGGUGCUGGACCGCCCGUCCUCCUCAUCGCGUUCCGCUGGUAUCUCCCAGAGACCAACUACUUCCGCGUGAUGGUCGCCGAACGCGAAGCACGAGCUCGCAGCGAGGGUCCCUCCUCGUCAGCACCGCCCACCCGCCUGGCGACCUUCAAAGCGUGGCUGCGCGAGUCAGGCUCCGCCCUGAAAGAAAACUGGUUCCUGUUCGUCUACCUAGUCGUCCUGAUGACGGGGUUCAACUCCGUCUCGCACGGCUCGCAGGAUCUCUACCCCACGUUCCUGAAAGACCAGGUCGGGCUCGACGCCUCCGACACCACGAUCAUCACCGUCGUCGGCCAGAUCGGCGCCUUCAUCGGUGCCAACUUCUUCGGCUACAUCUCCACCUUCUUCGGCAGACGGCUCACCAUGAUGGGCACCUGCUUGAUUGGCGGCGCGCUCGUGCCGGCAUACAUCUUCCCCCGGGACAUGCGUCUUGUAGCUACUGUGUUCUGGGAGCAGUUCUGCGUCGGCGGCGUCUGGGGCCCCAUCCCGAUCCAUCUCAUGGAGGUGAACCCGCCGGUGAUGCGGGCGCUGCUCGUCGGGCUGAUGUAUCAGCUGGGGAACCUGGGGAGCUCGGCCUCCGCCACGAUUCAGAGUAUCAUCGGCGAGCGGUUCCCCCUGCCGCCCAGCGCGGCGGGCAAGAAGCGGUACGACUACGGGAAGGUGAUGGGGAUCUUCCUCGGCAGCGUGUGGGCGUUCAUUCUGUUUUUCCUGUUUUGGGGACCGGAGAUGUCGCCCGAGGAGAGGGCAGCCGAGGCCGAGGAGGCGGACCGGCUGGAGAAGCUGAGGCUGGAUGGGGCUGAUAUGGCAACUAUCGGGAGGGAGAAGGUCUUGAAGGGAGAGGAGGUGGGUGGUCAAGUUGAUGAUGGUGAUGUCCCGGAUGUUGAGAAGGCGAGCACCAAGCACCUCGGCGAGUAG